AUGACAAAUAUCAUCUUCCUCAUUUAACCAGAAUCAAAAUAAGUCCUAUAAUAACCAGAGGAAGGGGAUGAUGAUAAAUUAGAUUUGCACUAAAAUGAUACUGAGAUCUAUGAAGAUUCUCUAGAGAACUCUCAAACAACUUAGUAAAACUAAAAAGUAUACAACUAAGUUUUAGAUAAACUCUAGCCUAUCGUUAAAAACUCAAAUUAAGCAAUACAUUCAAAUUAGAGUUCCUAAGAUACAUUUCAACAGCUUAGUAAUCUGAUCAGCACCAAUAAUAACACUUCUUUUGAAAAAGCUAUCAAUAAAUAAAAUGAAAAGAUAUAAGUUAUUAAGGAUUCCUCUCCUGCAGUUCAAAUUAGUAAAUCUCCUCCAAGAGUCUAAAUUAAUAAUUAGCAGUAAUAGGUGAAGAAGAAGGUUUCAGUGCUAGAAGAAAAAAAUUAGGUUCAUGAAUAUACUUAACUAACAUACUAUUCUUAAUAGGAGAGCCUUAGGAAUCAUAAUUUUGAUGGUAGAGGAUAAUUCCAAAAUAAACUCAAUUAAAAACUUAAUUAAUAAAAAUUCCAAAAUAACGAGCCAAGCUCCCACAACAACUACAAAGCUUAGAACCAAUAUCUAUCAAAUAACCAAUUUAAUUAAAACAUGAAUAAUAAUAAUAACAAUUAAAAUCAGAAAAUUAAUGAACAGAAAAAUAAUAAUAACUAAUAGACUAAAUUUCAGUAGUUUUAGUAAUAAAGAGUGAAUAGCUAAAUUUGCAGUCAAGAAUAAAAUACAUAAGUUUAGCCCAAGAAAUUCGAUAAUCCUACUGCAAAUAACUAAAUCCAAAAUGGCUAUUUUAUGAACAGAAUUCCUCCACAAAAUUAAAAUACUAAUCCUUCUUAUAGCAUUUUCAUGACCCUAAAUAAAAAUAACUUUAACUUGCACCAAAGCCCAACUCUAAUUAACUGUAACAUAUCUGGCAAGCAAUCUAAAGCAAAGGCUGGAUAAGUAACGAGUCCAAUAAAAGCAGAUGAAAAAAAAUUCGAUGACUAUCUACUACCUUAUUUUGUUAGAAAAGAAAAUUUAAAAGAUAUCAACCAGAGAAGACCAAAUGACCCAAAUUAUGACAAGACAACCAUUUUUAUAUCCCAAGCUGAUUGGUAAUCACUUACUCCAACUCAGAAAUAGUAUUGGGAAAUAAAGCAAAAGAAUUUCGACAAGAUAGUGUUUUUCAAGCUAGGGAAGUUUUAUGAGAUAUUUGAUAAUGAUGCUGAGAUAUGCCAUCGUUUGCUUGAUUUAAAUUAUAUGACUAACUAAAGAAAACAAUUGCAUGUAGGCUUCCCAGAGAAAUGCAAAGAUCAAUAUGCUGAAGUAUUAACCUAGCAUGGCCAUACUGUAAUAGUGGUUGAGUAGACAAUAUAGUCUAGCAGUGAAAAGGCUAAAAAUCAAAAUUGGAGAUUUGGAGAUAAAACUUGCGUACCUCGAGCUGUCUGCCAAAUUUAUUCAAGGGGUACCAUGAAUAAUUUAGACUAUUAAACUUAUGAAUCCAAAUAUGUAUUGACAGUUAAAAGAGAGGAAUAUCAAAUUGGAGUUUGCUUUUUCGACAUUUCUAUUAAUAAAUGCCAUAUUGGAUUAUUCGAGGAUGAUUCUAACUACAAUACCUUUAGAACUACCUUAUCUUAGAUAAGAGCAGUUGAAAUAGUUGUUGAAAGAGGCUAAAUUCCUGAGUAAAUGGAGAAAAUGAUCAAGAGUUCACCAAUAAACCCUAUUUUGCAUCAAUAUAGAGGAGAGUAGUGUCCUAAUGCUCAAAGAACAAACUCAAUUUUUGAUAGAUACAUUCAUGAGGCGUAGAAAUAAGACAGCUCUUAAAAAGAUAGUAUAAGUUAGCAUAUACUUGAACAAGAAGUAUUUCAGAAGAUUAGAAAUGACUCUAGGUUUUCAUUGGGAUUAUAAGCUUUUGGAAUGGCAAUCAGAUUUCUAGAGUCUCAUCUUUUAGCUAGCUAGUGUUUAAGGCUAUUUGAAUAUCAACUAUAUCAGCCUAAUUCUCAAGAAUACUUGAGUGAUUUCAUGGUACUAGAUAGCUAAGCCAUUGAGCAUUUAGAACUGAUUGAAUAGGUGAAACCAUAGAUCUAAAGAAGAUUUAGUAAAGAAAAUCAGAAUGAUCUGGAUGUAAAUCUAGCAACCCCUCCUUCUUAGACUACUUUAUUUGAUUUUAUCAAUCAUACUAAAACUGAAUUUGGAUGUAGACUACUUAAAAAAUGGCUAUUGGCUCCUCUAAUUGAUAUAGAUAAAAUAAAUGAUAGACUUGAUGCAAUAGAAGAUCUGACUAAGAAUUUCAAAUAUCUAGAUGAAUUUAGGUAGAAUAUAUCUAGGAUGCCAGAUAUUGAGAGAAUUUUGUCGCAAGUUUAUAGGUAUAGUGUUCACAAGUCAAACCAAAAUACUUAAGGGCUUAUUCCAAAUAUAAAAUACCUGCUUGAGGAGUUCGCUUUUCUGAUUGUUUGGAAGUAGGUUCCUGGUUCAUAGGAGUAAAUUCCAGAACCAAAGAAAGGCCUAUGCAAGGAGUUUGACGACUAUAACUAGCAAAUAUUUUAGAUAAAAGACUAAAUGGAAAAGUAUCUGGACACUUUGAGGCAAAAAGUGAAAAGCGCAAACAAUGGGAAAUAUUAAAAUCUUGUAACUUAGAUAGGUUACUCUCAUACGAAGUAUCGUUAUGAGAUUGAGAUACCGAAAGAGCUAGUAUCUGACAACAAAAGGCUAAAGGAACUGGAAUUCACCUCUACAAGGAAUGGGUUUGAGAGGUUUCAUACUCAAGAGCUGAAGAGGAUGAUCGAAGAGCUAGAGGAAUGUGAGGAAUCUCUUCAGAAUACUCUUAGUCCCUUUAUAUAUGCUUUGUUUCAAAGAUUUUAUCAGAGUAAGGGGAUGUGGGAUGCUACAGUCUCAGUACUUGCUGAACUAGAUUGUUUGGCAUCUCUUGCAAUGGCAAGUAGUAAUGGAGCAACUACUUAAAUGUGCAGACCUGAGUUCUUAUAGCAUCCUUGUGUAAAUUUUAAGUAGGAUAUUAAUGGCAAGGCGAGAAAAGAAUUCGUCCCAAAUGACACAAUCAUAAAUGAUCCCAAUACCAAUGCAAGGGUGCUUCUAGUCACUGGUCCAAACAUGGGAGGUAAAUCUACCUUGCUAAGGUAGACUUGUCUUGGAGUCAUACUCGCAUAAAUUGGAUGCUAUGUGCCUGCUUCAAAGUGCAAACUCACUCCAGUCGAUCGUAUCUUUACCAGACUUGGCGCCUCUGAUCGUAUACUAGAGGGUAAGAGUACCUUCUUUGUAGAGAUGGAGGAGACAAACACCAUUCUACUUCAAGCAACUUUUAAAUCUCUAGCCAUUGUUGAUGAAUUAGGCAGAGGCACCUCUACAUUUGACGGCUAUUCUAUAGCUCAUGCAGUCUUGAACUUCCUUGUAAAGAAUAUUAGAUGCAGAUCUUUAUUCUCAACACAUUAUCAUAUGCUGCUAGACAAGUUCAGGAAUGUUGAGGGUGUAUAAUCUUAUCAUAUGGCGUGCAAGUAAAAUGAACAUGAGUAGGAUAAGAUCAUUUUCCUUUAUAAGUUUAUCAAAGGUGAUUGUCCAGAAAGCUUUGGUAUGAAUGUAGCUCGAAUGGCUGGUCUUCCUAAUCGAGUAGUUGAUAGGGCUAAGUUAAAGUCUAAAGAUUUUGUGAAAAAGAUGCAAAGAAUGUUACAAUUUGGUUAAAGCUAUAAUAAAAAAUACUUUAAUGAAACUAUUAAAUCAAAUGACACAAAUGGUUAUCCUUAGUACUCAAUUAAUAGUUCUAUAUUGAAAGACAGAUCUAGUUUUUAAUCUUGCAACAAAUACAAUAGUCAAAAUAAUGAAGAUGAUGAUGACGACAAAUGUGACUCAGAGACAGCUUCUCAGGACAAGCUAAAGCAAACUCAGAGUCAUGAAAUAAAUGAUGGUAAUGAAGACUUUAAUCAAAUAGCUAUUAUAAAUGAUCAGUAAAGUAAUAGCGAAAUUAUGUCCUAGCUAGAGAUUGACUAGGAGAUGAUUGAGUAUGAAGACAAUGCGUCUCAGAAUGAUUCUCAGAUUGUCGAUUCCCAAAUUAGGAAUAAUCUGCAGUAGCAAUAAUAAUACUAGAGUGUAAGUAAAUUUAAUAACUAAAGAGCAGCUCUUGGGAGUAAGAGCUAGGUGGAAUAUAAUAAGAGAUAUAAUUGA